AUUUGGCGGGCGAGACGUAUAUGGCGCCUCCAGCGGACUUUCUGGAAGCAUUCAGAACGGGAGUGCUCGCGGCCGCGGUCCCCAGAUGCGAGAAGGGGCGUGGGGAGAUAUACUGUAUGAGAUAGAAUACGGGAGCCAAGCGCGGUGGCAGCGAGCGGCAUCGGGUGAUACCGUUAGAGCGAAGUGGUAGGGACAGACACGCGGCGGAAGAGUGAGUGCGCUCCGUCCCUCUGUGAGGCGCCAUCAAGAAGGUUUCGGUCCCUCCUACCCCCGCCUGGCGAAGUGGUGUGAUGUGCAAGGUGGUAGCAAAUGAUAGCCGUGCACCCCCCCCACAGGACGACUGCAAGGGUGCAUCAAGAGAGAGGAGCUGGGGGCUGUUGGUCACCGCUGGUGUUGGUGGGACCUUAGUGGCUCUCUAUGCUGUGGUCACCCCCUUCGUGACUCCGGCUCUGAGGAAAGUGUGCCUGCCCUUUGUUCCUGCAACUUCCACCCAGAUCCACAAUGUGCUGAGAAUGUUAGAAAACAGAAGUGGCUCCCUAGUUGACAUUGGUAGCGGGGAUGGCCGUAUUGUCAGCAGUUUAUUUUCAUGCUCUUUCUAUUGGUGGAUCAUUUUUCCUCAGAUUCAGGUGAUAGCAGCUGCAAAAAUGGGUUUCAAAGCUGUUGGUUAUGAAUUAAAUCCCUGGCUAGUCUGGUACUCCAGAUACCGUGCCUGGAGAGAUGGGGUACAUCACAACACCAGAUUUUAUAUUUCAGACUUAUGGAAGGUUUCUUUUUCCCGUUAUACAAAUGUCGUUGUUUUUGGGGUGCCUCAAAUGAUGCCACAGUUGGAGAAGAAGCUGGAAGAAGAAUUGAAAUGUAAUGCCAGAAUCAUUGCCUGUCGUUUUCCUUUCCCUUGCUGGAUCCCAGAUCAUACUACUGGAGAGGGAAUAGACACUGUGUGGGCCUAUGAUUUGAAACAUUCCAGAGGAUGUGAAACAAAAAGAUUGGAAAUUUCACCAGAGACAAAAUCCUAAAAAUCUAUUUUUUUUGAGCUGAAUUUUUUGGCUUUGAGUUCACCUUUUAAAGAGUGAACAGAGCCCCAGGGUAUGGAGAUAUAUAGUCACUAAAAUAAAUACAGUGGUUAUCUGGAAGCAGACAAAGGUUUGUGAAAGGUGAAGUGGCUUAAUGUAGUUAGUAAAAAUUAUGAAAAGAAAUUUAUAAGAAUUGGAAAACUAUAGCAUGGAAAAUGGGAUAAAACAUGUUUCACUACUGUUAAGGGGAAUGUAUGUACUAGUUAAGAUGCUCAGAUUGAUGAACUUAAUAUGUGUAUUCUUUUUGAGCCUAUGUGGCUUUUGUUAUUGGUGUUGGAAGUGGUGUGCAAGUGGCUUCUCAAAUGAGCCGUGGUUCCCAAAUGUCCAUUAUGUGUGCUGAGUAGGCAGAAAGCUGAAUAAAUCAAACUGAUUCAGAUUGAGUGUGUUGAUGAUACCUAUGUUUUGCACCUCAGCCUUGAAUGUGUAUUUUUUUGAAGUUGAAUAUGACACAAUCAAAUAUAACAAGUUGCUUGUUCAU